ACCCUCCCCUUUUGGUAAGAUAUAAAUGGGCACUGAAACAGAUGUUAUUUCAUUCUCCUCCUGAUCAAAGAUGGAACUGCAACUCUCAGUAUUUCUUCUCUUCAUUCUUUUCACUGCAGGACACUCUCUUCGCUGUUAUGAGUGCAAUGUUGUGAUGGGUUGUGCAGAUCAAACGGUAAAAACAUGUCCCAGUGGAUCUUCUCAUUGUGUGACUUCAACAGCAGUGGUACAAGUUGGUGACAUUAGAUCAAAAGCGACGAUUAAAGAUUGUGCUCCUGCCUGUCAAAGAUUGUCCGUGAACUUUGGCGUUUUAAAGACAACUGCUACCUGCUGUGACACGGACGAGUGUAACCUCCAAGAUGCAGAUCCCAGCAGUAAGGUCCCCAAUGGAAAUAAGUGUUUCUCCUGUGAUGGGAAGAGCUGCUCAAAUAUAGUGACCUGUUUAGGGACUGAAGACCACUGUAUUAAAGCAACAGCGACUAUUGGAGGCCAGGCAAUUGUUGUUAAAGGCUGUGUGUCUAAAUCACUUUGUAAUGACACAACAUCAGUUGAUAAUGUUCAGGACAUCUCAUGUUGUGAGGGGAAAUUGUGUAACGGUGCUCAGAGCGUCUCCCAGAGCUUCCUGUUCCUCUGCUGUUCUCUGCUCUCCUACUUCCUGCUGCACUGAAUCCAGCAGCUCUUCAUCCUACAAUCAGACACAAGCUAUAUAUUCAGAACAGUGUAUUUUCUCUUAACUAUCCUUACUUAUUCAAUUGAUGAAAAAUCUCUCAAUAUAUUUUAGUUUAUUUAUUUAUUUGAAAAGGGACCAUGUAUAAUUUUUUUUAACAUAAAUGUUUCCAUUUCAUGCAUUUUACCGGAUUUAGCUAAUUUUCAUCCGCAGUCAUCCAGCAAGUCAUUGCUUACAUAAAUAAUAAAAUCACAAACAGUUCCAAAAAACAUACGUACACACACACACACACACACACAUCCUACUGUAUCAGGGGCAAAAAUAAAUAAAUAAAACAAAUAAAAACAUAUUAAGGAGUCAAUUAAACUGCAACCAUGUCAAUGUUUACAGAGUUGGGUAGAUUUUAAAAAAGAUUUAAACUUUAAUUUAAAAAUACCAAUAGAUGUACAUCCUUUUACAGUAUAUCCUAAAGAAAGCCAAACCAUUUAAAAUUUUAUAUAUACCAUACGCAAA